GUAAUUGCACUGAUUCCAUAGCCAUACAAAUGCAAAAGAAGACGAUGAUUUAUGCGAAGCACGUGCAGAAAAAAAGAAGAAGAGAUUCCAAGAACGGUCCAAGAAGCUGGAACGAACAACACCCACCACUCGUGUGUUGAUUCUGAGUCGUACUUCCAACGUCUUGUUCUUGAUUGUUAUUUCAUCUACCGUCCACCGGCUCACUCUCAACGAGCUAUAAUAUAUAGUGUAUCAGUGACUCACCAUUUUCAAAGCAGAAAACUAGAAAUAGCAAUAAAGAACGCUCUCCACCCAAAAGAAGAAAAUCUCCUUCUAUAAUCUGCGACAAGGACGACAUUGGUAGUAGAAGCGUUCGUACGCAACCCAAAUCACCAUGAAAAGCGUCCCGCUUUCAGUGGAAGGUGGGCUGGGCAGAAGAAUUAUUGGGGUUCAAGCAAGAUAUUUUCAUCCCAAAACGGACGGCUUCAGAGCAGUGAAACGUGUGGAAGCUACACGAAUUACGGGUUCCGGGAGCUCUAAACAUGGCCUCACAUGGGGUUCCCGACAAGUUUCAAGAUUAGAAACGAUGGCUCCCAAAGCAGCAGUUGCAGAAUCAGAGGCUCCGAGUACUUCGACUCCCAACAAUCCGAUGCUUGCAAAUUAUGUGCCAGUAUUCGUUAUGCUCCCACUUGGGAUUAUUACAACUGAUAAUGCCUUAGAAGACAGAGAUGGGCUCGAGAAUCAUCUCAAAGAGCUGCGUGCAGCAGGAGUUGAUGGGGUCAUGGUUGAUGUGUGGUGGGGUAUUGUAGAAUCCAAAGGACCUAAGCAGUUUGAUUGGUCUGGUUAUAGGAGCUUGUUUGAACUGGUUCAAAAAUGUGGAUUGAAGCUACAAGCUAUAAUGUCAUUCCACCAAUGUGGAGGGAAUGUAGGGGAUUCUGUUUAUAUCCCUCUCCCUAAAUGGGUACUUGAAGUUGGAGAAUCAGACCCUGACAUCUUUUACACCAAUCGCACAGGGAACAGGAAUAAGGAAUAUCUUAGUCUUGGUGUGGAUAACAAGAUUCUAUUUCAUGGAAGAACAGCCAUUGAGCUUUAUAGUGAUUACCUGAAGAGCUUUAGAGAGAAUAUGGCGGACUUUUUGGAAUCUGAACUCUUUAUUGACAUUGAAGUAGGACUUGGUCCUGCUGGAGAACUCAGAUACCCCUCUUAUGCAGAAAGUCAGGGAUGGAAGUUUCCUGGUAUUGGAGAAUUUCAAUGCUAUGACAAAUAUCUUAGAGCUGAUUUCAAAGAGGCUGCUUUAAAAGCUGGUCAUCCUGAAUGGGAGCUACCGGAUAAUGCAGGGGAAUAUAAUGACAAACCAGAAUCUACAGAAUUUUUCAGAUCAAAUGGGACUUACCUCACAGAGAAGGGGAAAUUUUUUCUGACAUGGUAUUCCAACAAGUUGCUGAACCAUGGUGAUGAGAUCCUAGAUGAAGCCAAUAAAGCGUUCGUAGGCUGCAAAGUGAAGUUAGCUGCAAAAGUGGCUGGAAUCCACUGGUGGUACAAAACAGAAAGUCAUGCUGCUGAACUUACUACAGGAUAUUACAAUUUAAAUGAUAGAGAUGGAUACCGUCCUAUAGCAAGGAUGCUCUCUCGACACAAUGCCAUAUUGAAUUUUACAUGUCUUGAGAUGAGGAACUUGGAACAAACCUCUGAAGCAAAAAGUGGCCCCCAGGAACUUGUUCAGCAGGUCCUUAGUGGAGGUUGGAUAGAGGGGCUGGAAGUUGCUGGAGAAAAUGCACUUUCAAGAUAUGACAAGGAAGGAUACGAUCAAAUUCUUCUAAAUGCUAGGCCUAAUGGAGUUAAUAGAAGGGGCCCUCCAAAACUGAAGCUGUAUGGGGUGACAUACUUGCGUUUGUCAGAUGAGUUACUGAAAGGGUCAAAUUUUUAUAUAUUCAAAAUCUUUGUGAUAAAGAUGCAUGCCGAUCAGGACUACAGUCCAGAUCCUCGACAAUACAAUCACUACGCGGUCCCAAUGGAGUGGUCAAAGCCAAUAAUUCCAAUGGAGGUCAUUCUUGAAGCUACCAAACCAGUGAAGCCAUUUGCAUGGGACGAGCAAACAGAUAUGAGCGUUGGCGGUGUAUUUACUGAUCUAGUAGCUACCAUCUUGUCAAUAUUCUAUCUAAACUAAAAAGGAAUGAAUGGAAAGAAUGGAAAGGGGGAUUUGAAUUAUAUCAGAAAACGAUAUUUCAGUCAAGCAAAUCAUUUGGUAAGAUUGAGAAGCUAAUCAUUAACUUCAGUGAUCUGCAAUGCACAGCCACUCCUAUUGUAGUUGAAUGUAUCCCUACUUUCUAUUA